GGCGUUUACUGGCCGCAUCAGCUGGACUCUGACGGGAACAACCAUCAGCGGCGAUAAAAUUACAUCACGUUGCAUUAAUUUUAAGGCACAAACGCGACUACAUUUUUUACCAGAACCACGCCAUUUUUAUUUUAACAGUUUGAAGAAGAAGGAGCAGCAAACAUGUUCUACACCUGUGGUCCCAACGAAGCUAUGGUGGUAUCAGGGUUCUGCCGUUCUCCUCCUCUGAUGAUAGCCGGAGGCAGAGUGUUUGUCAUCCCGUGUGUUCAGCAGAUACAGAGGAUUUCCCUGAACACUCUGACUCUGAAUGUGAAGAGUGAUAAAGUCUACACUCGCCAUGGAGUGCCCAUCUCUGUCACAGGGAUAGCUCAGAUGAAGAUCCAGGGUCAGAAUAAACAGAUGCUGGCUGCGGCCUGCCAGAUGUUCAUGGGGAAGUCAGAAGCGGAGAUUGCCCAGAUCGCCUUGGAGACACUGGAGGGGCACCAGCGGGCCAUCAUCGCCCACUUGACUGUUGAGGAGAUCUACAAGGACCGUAAGAAGUUCUCAGAGCAGGUUUUUAAGGUGGCCUCUUCUGACCUGGUCAACAUGGGCAUCAGUGUGGUCAGCUACACGCUCAAAGAUGUCCACGACGAUCAGCAUUACCUGCAUUCACUGGGAAAGGCUCGCACAGCCCAGGUGCAGAAAGACGCUCGCAUUGGAGAAGCCCAGAACAAGAGAGAUGCUGUAAUCAGGGAAGCCCAUGCAAUGCAGGAGAAAGUCUCAGCUCAGUACAAGAACGAGAUCGACAUGGCGAAGGCCCAGAGGGAUUACGAGCUGAAGAAGGCCGCCUAUGAUAUCGAGGUCAACACAAAGAAGGCUGAGUCGGAGAUGGCCUACCAGCUGCAGGUUGCAAAGACGAAGCAGCGUAUCGAGGAGGAGAAGAUGCAGGUCCAGGUAGUCGAGCGGACGCAGCAGAUCACACUGCAGGAGCAGGAGAUCACCCGCAGGGAGAAAGAGCUGGAGGCCACGGUGAAGAAACCUGCAGAGGCAGAGCGGUACCGCCUGGAGAAGCUGGCUGAGGCUCAGCGUCUUAAGUUGAUCAUGGAGGCAGAAGCUGAAGCUGAGUCCAUCAGGAUUAAAGGAGAAGCUGAGGCGUUUGCAGUCGAGGCCAAGGGUCGUGCAGAGGCAGAGCAGAUGGCAAAGAAGGCAGAGGCCUUCCAGCAGUACAAGGACGGAGCCAUGGUAGACAUGCUGCUGGAGAACCUGCCUCUGAUGGCAGAAGAGAUCAGCAAGCCUUUGUGUGAAGCCAAGAAAAUUACCAUGGUGUCCAGUGGAGGUGGGGAGGUGGGUGCAGCCAAACUGUCAGGAGAAGUGCUGGACAUCAUGACCCGUCUCCCUGAGACGGUGGAGAAACUGACCGGAGUCAACAUCUCCCAGGUGACCUCUCGUACAGGCUGAAGAGAAACAACCAAACUGGUGACCAGGCAGAUCCACUGUCACACUGUCUUAUCACCUGCCUGGACUCUCCCUCUACCUGUGCUACACUUACACCAUCUGUGUCUGCCUCUGUCGAUAUCUUGCUGUGGUGUUCCUGUGUUGUGAAAAUGGCUUUCACUUUCUCCUUUUCUUUUGGCUCACUCUUUACCAGCUCAGUCUGGGCUAAAACACUGCGCUCCUCUGUCUACAGUUACAGUUGUUGUUUUAUUUUAAUUAUUUGUUUAUGUAUAGUCCGUCUGUCCACUGAUAUUGUAUUAUAACCUCUAUAAACACAAAGUGUUCAAAUUAUAACACCGUUCACAUAUUACUUUUCCAAAUUCAGGCCUGUUGCUUGAUCCUCCUGAAAUUCACUGAAACAAGCAACAAAUGUAACUGUAGUCUCCUGUCCUUUUUUGAAAAUCACCAGACUUUGUCUUCAUGGUCCCAGGUCCUGUCCUACCUUCUUCUCUUUACAGUGUGUCACAUUUUGUGUCUUUGUAAGAACGUCUUUAUCUGUCUGAGUCUGUCCCCACUGUCUGUGUUUACCUCCAUAACUGCCUGUGUACGCUGCCUUGCUGCCAAACCUUAAGUGCAUCUUAACAUAAAGUUUAAAACAAACAUGCAAUGAAACCCUUCAUCCACUGAUACUACUAACACGAUAUAGUCUGAUACUAAACCGAAACUGCAGCCUUUAGUUUCAGCUGUCACUCUUUCCCCAUCAUUUAUUUCUGUCAGAAUUCAGAUUUACUUUAUGAAGAGAGUUUAGGAUAAUCAUUUUGUCAGUCCUUAAGUGUUUGACGUUGUGAUGGAUAUUUACAGACUUGCAGGUAAAAUUGUGAUACUAUCUGUGUGGCAUUAUUAUGUUUUAUAAUUUUUUAAAUAUGUUUUUUUAGGUCUUUUGAAAAUCAUUUUCAGGACCCUUUGCUUAAGGCAUACCAGUAUAAUAUAGUAUCAGGCAUUAAAUAUCAAACACUUGAUCUUUUUUCAGAUGACUGCAGUGGUCACUUUAAACUUUUCAGCCGUUUCUAGUGGAUACUCACAACGGCAAAUGGAAAUUAAGUUACUGGUAAUGUUGCUAUAUGCCUAUAUAGACAAGAGCAUGCAUUUCAUAUAAUGUAAAUGUAAAAUUGCAUGUUACAAGAAAAUGUCAGUGCUCCUGAUCAUGAUGAUAUGAACCAUGAGGAUAUGCUGAAAGUUCACGAUCGAGCAACACUGAGCUUUAUAAUGCAUCAAAAGGAAUGUGUUCUUUUUAUUGUAAUCUGAUGAUGUGAUGACCACAGUCUUAUUUCAGUGUCCAUCCUCAACAAUUGGCCUCAGGUCAGGGAUUAAAUGGACAGAUCCUGUUUAGGAGCUUGGACCUGGAUCUUCUGAUUCGGGCUCCCUUGAAACUUUGCCGCCCUACAGCCCAGUGAUGUAUACUCGAUGUAUACCUUAAGUAAAGUGGUGCCUUUUGUGUUAUUAUAGCCAUGUAUGUAGCAGCUCUUAUAAAGGUGUGGCUUGUGGAACUAAAGGUUAAUGUGGUGUAAAGUAUAGCUUUAACCUUCUAUUGUAGCAGUGGGAAUACCACAGUGUAGUUAUGAGGUAACUGUACCGAAAUGUUGAACUAUGUAUCACUACAUAUAAAUAUUUAUUUUUAAUGGAAGUCUAAUGUGAGGAGAAGUGGUUAAGAUGCUAAGAAGUCGGUCAGGUUAUUAACUGUCAGAUAAUGUCAGCUUGUACUUGUUUAAGAUUUGAUAGGUGUGAUCAGGGAUGGUAGAGUGGUGGUCGAGAACAGAGAAAACUGAAAAGUGGGCUAUGUUAGUUGGACUCACAGCAUCUGUCACCCAGAAUGGCAACGAGAUGUAGGAGCUAGCUCAGAAGUGUCAGCUCCUGAAAAGAGUUCCAACGAGCCAAAACCCUGUCACACUGUCAUCCUCUACCUCCUCCAUGAUGCCCAGCCCUAAAUGCCUCACGGUUUGCUCAUGACUUCUCUGCACUGCUGGUUAUGGUACAGACAAAUGUAUUAAAAUGACUUUCUAAAGGUAAAUUUUUAUUUAUUUGAAAAAUGAACACUACUGUUAUUAUACAUGCACCAAUAGUUAACACACUUCAACUGUACUUUAAUCUUGCCAGUGCAUGUGUUUUCAGUCAGGACAAUUCAUGCUACUUCUCUGUGGGGUUACCAGAGUAGGAGGAGGUUACCUAUAGGUUAGCUAUAGAAUAGUAAAUAUAAUCAUUGUGCUUCUGUAAUUGAACGUCUUAUGUGAAGUGAUACUCUGAAGUGACACUGCAUAUCGAUAUAGAUGCAUUUAUACAGUAUAUAUUUGAUACAGUAUCAGUGUGGCAUUGUUUGCUUCACAAAGUCAUUGAUAACAGUUCUACUGACUCUUUACUAACAGCAGUCUCAGUGUUUCAUUAUAAUUGUAUUUAAGUGAGAAUCUCUUUUUUAAGUUGCUAAAACAGAACGCAGCUCUUUGUCACAUUUUAAUUAGACUGUGCACUUCAGGAAAUCUGUGCUUUUAGGAAAAUGUUAAUCCUGUACACAAUAUGCUUGUCAUUAAACUGCAAAAGGGAAACCACUUGUUAUUUACUUCUGUAGUUUGCAUCCUGUAGUCCACUUAUUAAUCUUACUUUGCUCACGUGUUACUUUCUGUUUAAAUAUCUGAUUUGUGCAUGUGUUUGGUGCUGUAUAUUUGUUCCAGUUUAUAUUUCUAUUUUCAGAGUUGUGUUGUUUUUGAAUUGUAACUGCAUAAUGUUAUUAUGGGGACCCUAUGAAGAACAGAGCAUGCGUGCAUGGUGGGGCCCUAAUAAACAAACUUUAUUUUUUUCUUAACAUUUUCCUUUCAUUGAUCUGUAAAAGAAUGUUGAUUUUUCUUUUAGGAGUGUGGUUCAGUCUAG